GAUACUGAAGUCCCUCUCCACAUUGCUGCAUUCAAGGGCGACGUAGAGGAGGUGAAGAGGCUGCUCAAGGAGGGUGCUGAUGUCAAUGAAGCGACGGAGACGGGUUGGACUGCGAUCAUGUGGGCGGCCAGAGGAAAGCGUCCAGAGGCAAUGAAGGUGCUGAAAGACGCAGGGGCAGACCUUCUCUUCAAGAACAAGUUUGGUUCCACUGCUCUCCAUGCGGCAGCUCACUGGGGGAGC